AUGGCUGCAGCUGGUAGCGGCAGUUUCCAGUGCGGACGUAUUGCCUCGAAGCGUCUCAUGAUGCUCGUGGCCUUACUUCUCGUCUCCUGCUGUCUCGGGCAAGGCUUCGGCGAUGACGAUCAUGUCGAGGUGGAGGGAAUCAGCAGCAGUUGCAUGGAGAGCGAGAGGAGAGCUCUCCUCGCCAUCAAAUCCGAUAUGUACGACCCCGGCGACAGGUUUUCUUCUUGGACCGGCAAAGAUUGCUGUGGGUGGAGAGGUGUGGCCUGCGACAACACCACGGGCCAUGUCACCAAGCUCGACCUCCGCUACCCCUAUACAGACGAUAUAUGGGAUACGUUUUGGAAACCAAUAGGCAUCAGCAAGGUAAAUCCAUCUUUGCAAGAACUGAAGCAUUUGGAGUAUUUGGAUUUGAGCGUGAAUAACUUCUUCCAUGCCCCUGUGCCUAAAAUGAUCGCUUCACUAGUCCACUUGGAAUAUCUCAACCUAUCUCAUGCCAUGUUCGAUGGACUGAUUCCUCCUCAGCUGGGAAACCUCUCCAACCUACACUAUCUCGAUCUUCAGGGAUGGUAUGAUGGUCAACUACACGUUGACGAUCUCGAUUGGCUCUCCCGUAUUCCUUAUCUAAAAUAUCUUGACAUGAGUUAUGUCAACCUCUCCAGGGCAACCAAUUGGCUUUCUGAAAUUAAUUCGAUCCCCACACUUGAACUGUUACGUUUGAGCGCUGCAGACCUGCCAUAUGUUCCAUCUCCUUUGCCCACUUUUAAUCUAACAGCCAUCUUAACGUUGGAUCUGUCUUGGAAUUUGAACAUGUCGACCAUGCUAAGAUGGUUUUCUAAUGCCACCAGUCUCGAGUACCUUAUUCUUUUUGGCACUACGAGUCAAUUUAUCGAUUCGGUAGGCACUGGGAGUCUCACUAUCGAGUCGGUCCAAAUUGCUCUAGGAGCUCUCAGUAAUCUAAAGGAAUUGGAUUUGUCAGACAACUCCCUUAAAGGAGAAAUUCUUGAAAUUCUGAAUAAUGUCCGUAGCAGGGACCUAAAGCAUCUAGACUUGAACUCGAAUUAUUUAUCCGGAGAUAUUCCACAAACUCUAUGGAGCCUUGGAAACCUGGAGUACCUCGACUUAUCAUGGAAUUUCAAUGUCACUGGACGUAUCCCAGCUUUGCCAGGGAAUCUCACAAGCUUGCGAUACUUAUCUUUGGAUGGCAAUUCGAUCACCGGAGAGAUACCAUCGAGCAUAGGCAACGUCACCAACUUGGUAUUCUUAGAUUUAUCAUCGAAUAAUAUUGUCGGACGUAUUCCAGAGAUCAUCGGUGCUCUCAUCCAUAUACAGCACAUUGCCACCAGUUCACCUGAAGUAGGAGUCAAACUAGAAGAAGAUGAUGAUGGUGAUAUGCUUGAAACAAUAACAUUAGAUGUUACUAGCGUCGUCGUGGGAUCCAACAAAAUGACAACAUCUAUGGCUGCAUACAGAUAA